AUGUGUAAAGAUGAUGAAGAUCCAGCAUUGACUGAAGAUCUUGUUGAAGAGAGUGAUAUUUCGUCUGAUGAUGAAGUUGAAGAAAGAGAAGAUGGUUCAGAAACUGAACAAGAAGCUGAGUCAUCAAGUGAAGAGGAAGAUGAAGAGUUGUCACAUGAACUGCGUGUAGGACAACUUCAGCGAAGAAGUCAACUAUCAUCUGGCCUUCAAACUUCCUUGAAAAUGCCGCUAAAGAGAUUCCUUCCUGCUGAUGAUCAUCAAGCAUCACCCACCUCCAACCCCCCAAGAGGUCCAGAUGCUGUGAUUGACUGUGGAAACUGGAAAACGUCGGCUCUCGAACUACUCCUACUGUGCUUGAUAGGCUCACCACGCCCCAAUAUUGAGAACCCUUUACCGCGCCCUAUGCAGGGUUAA